AUGCCAUCUGUCUGCGAUCCACCAAGUGCUAAUAAUCGAGUUUUAAAGAGGUCUUACGCCGUUACUUUAUCAGCGACGGAUCGAUCGAGUAUAUCAGGGACGGUUGGGUCACAGGAAAGGAAAACGAGGCAACGCCAGGACGAAAUUGCUCCACAAGGUUCGAGAUAUCGAGGUUCAAGCCGAAAAUAUUCUAAGAUGCCGUCAGCAGCGGGCCCAAGAAUGUACGAGAACCAUAUUCCUUCGUUCAUGUCCGUUUAUGACAUGGACUCGAGCCCAAGGGAUAACACAACUGCAUCUGCGCCUCCAAAAAUUACGGCAACGUCUUAUCAGACCCAGCUGCCAUCACAGCAGAAACUACCAGACUCACAUCUUACCCAUCAAGGCUCGAAUCAACUCCCAAGCCAUUCUCAGCAGGAGAACGGCAAAUCACAGCCACACGGACACCAACACUGCGAGAGCACAUCAACUCAGACUUCAGAUUCCACAGAUUCUUCCCCAACAACCACAAUAUCAACGAUAGACUCAGUUUCACUCUCGGAUCCUUCGCCGUCUUCUUCUCCCGAAUCUCCAAUUACUCUUGUGCCACUUUCAUCUUUCACGGGAGGAUCAUUUGGACUUGACGCAUUCCAAAGCUUAAAGAUGGGGGAUCUGAACCCGGUACGGCCGCCAAUGAGUAACGAGCGGCCGAUGACUUCUCCGUCGCCAAGGAAAUUUAAGAAUCCAAAAAGCCUUGCUCUGAAUUUAGGUGGAUUAAGUGCCACGGCUGAAUCUCGCAACUCAGAACCGUCUUCCCCUUCAUUUAUCAAGCCACCGCCUCUGAAGCCGCGGAAAAAGCCAAGUUUAUUGAGUUUGAAUACCGGAACAGCUAAUGCCUCGGCGGGCGAAGCGUUAGCGUCACCAAGACUAGCACCGAUGCCAUCGAUGUUGCAACGACGAGGCCUCAAGCAUUCUGUUUCGUCGCCACAGAUGCUAACGACACCUGGCUUUGGUCCGAGCGGAGGUAUGACUUUAGGCAUGAGCAAACCAAGGGGGGUUGGGCCUUCGAGAUUCAAGGAGUCAUCUCUCCAGACGAAUACGUUCGCAAUCAGCGAAGAAGCUGAUCAUGAGCCCUCGCCGCCUACCCAGAUGGCUACGAGAAUACCUGGCGUAAUGGUGGGAGGGGAUAGCUUUGACAGACCCAACUCUGGGGAGGAUGCGAAAUCACCGUCUUAUCCCAAUGGCCCAAUAUUGAUGUGGGAGCCAAGCGUCCAUCUUUACAUGGAGCCAAACGCCGAAGAGGCAUGCGAGUUUGAUUUAGUGAUUAACGUAGCCAGGGAAGUCAAGAAUCCCUUCAACAACGUACCAAAAGAGCAGACAGCUGGAGCUGGCAAUCACGCUACUCUCACUCAUAACCCUAAGCCCGUUGAUUCGGCAGAUGUUCCACCAGAUACCGCAGCUUCAAUGCUUUCUUUCAGGACAGCUUUCGAGACACAGCCUCCCAGCUCCACCGACUCUUCCCCAACUACACCAAGGCCCAUGAUGGAACCGCGCGAGCCUGAAUAUAUUCACAUGCCAUGGGAUCAUAAUACAGAUGUCAAGGAUGAGUUAUGGGAUCUGUGCGAGAAGAUUGAUACUCGAGUGAAGGAAGGAAAACGAGUCCUGAUCCAUUGCCAGCAAGGGGCCAGUCGAUCCGCAACUCUCGUCAUCGCUUAUGGCAUGUACAUCCAUCCAGAGCUAAAUCCAACCCAAGCCUACCAAAAAGCUCAAGAAAAAUCGAAAUGGGUCAAUCCGAACAUGUCACUCUUGUUCUCCUUGAACGACUUCAAGAAAAUCCUGGACAGCAAGAAGAACGAGACAGCGACAACCGCCAAAAGGACUACCAUUAGUAGGCACCGGCCGACGUUGUCCACAGGUACUAUCGACCUGCCAUCCACACCAUCUCGAGCAAGGGGAAAUUCUACACCUGGUGUAACUGCCCGCGAAGCAGCGACCGAUGCAAAAGAAAAGGACGUUCCUGCCAGUGACUCCGCCAUCUCGCGCUUUUCGGAUUUCGAUUUUGGUUUCAAUAAGCAACCUCAAAUCCAGCCUCAUUUUCGCCACGAGGCUCCGUCUGAAGAUGAUUGGGAGGCUUUAAUGUCACCUCGUGUAUCGGAAAUGACACAAAAUCCAUUCAACGUGUCCCCGAAACCAAAAGCUGAACCUUUUGGUACCGGAUUUGGACAGCCCUCUGUUGAAGCUGAAUCAGAACCAGCAUUGUUCUCACCACGAGCAUUCGAAUUUCCCCAAUCCUCAUUCUUUCCAACACCACCCCCUCAGCGAGUCACACCUGCCGUUGUUAGGGAUCCUCGUAGUCCUCCGACCAAGGGUGAAGCUCCCAUAAUUCGAUCAAUAGACGAUUUUCUAUGA